AUGGCAACCGUGGUCUUGGGCGCGCAGUGGGGUGAUGAAGGGAAAGGCAAGCUGGUGGACAUCCUCUGCCAAAAGGACAUAAGACUCUGUGCGAGAGCUCAAGGAGAACGAUAUAGACAUACAAUCAAAAUCGGCUCGACGACCUACGACUUCCACUUGCUUCCCUCUGGUCUCAUCAACCCAGAGUGUAUGAAUUUGAUUGGGCCUGGGGUUGUGGUAAACAUAAAGGCAUUCUACAAGGAACUUUCAGAUCUCGAAUCCAAAGGACUACAGAAUGUUAGAGAGCGGAUAUUCAUCGCAGAUCGUUGCCACAUAGUUCUCGACCUUCAUCAGUUGGUCGACGGAUUGGAAGAAGUCGAACUGGGUAAAAAGUCGAUAGGAACGACAAGGAUGGGGAUAGGUCCAGCGUACUCUACCAAGGCAUCGCGUUCUGGCAUUCGAGUCCACGAAGUUUUCAACGAGCCGCUGUUCGAAGCCAAGAUUCGAGAAUUGGCACGAGCGGCCCACAAACGAUGGGGAGACCUUUUGAAGUACGAUGUGGAGGAGGAAAUCACGAGAUUCAAGGGAUACCGAGAAGACCUUCGCCCUUUCGUAAUUGAUGCUAUACCACUCAUCCAAUCUGCACAAAAGGCAAAACAACCUCUACUCAUUGAAGGAGCAAACGCACUAAUGCUAGAGUACGUGACAUCUUCAAACACUGGAAUCGCUGGUAUUUUCACCGGACUCGCAAUUUCACCGCAUUUGCCAUUGGAUAUCAUUGGGGUUGUCAAAGCAUACACCACCAGAGUCGGUGGAGGCCCUUUUCCAACAGAAGAUACCGAAGAAGUCGGUACCAAGCUCCAGAAGAUUGGGAGAGAGUUUGGCGUCACUACAGGUAGACCGCGACGCUGUGGAUGGUUAGAUCUGGUUGUGGUGAAAUAUUCCCACGCAGCGAACCACUACACAAAACUAAACAUCACCAAGCUUGAUGUCCUAGAUGAUUUCCCCACUCUCAAGGUUGCGACCGCCUAUAUCCAUCCCGAGACUGGCGAAGAACUCGCCUCUUUCCCAGCCGACCUAGAACUUCUCGGAAAUGUCAAGAUCAAGUAUGAGACAUUAAAGGGCUGGCAGAAGUCUACUGUUGGAGCUAAGACAUAUUACGAUUUACCGAAAGAAGCGAGGGCGUAUAUUGAAUACAUAGAAGAAUUCAUUGGUGUGAAAGUCAGUUAUAUUGGAACUGGUCCCGAUAGAGAGGCUUUGAUUAGCAAGUGA